UGCUGGUUAUCCAUAUAUAAGCUGAUGCAAAACACCAGCAAAGCCAUCUCGUCAAAAUGUUAUUUGCCUGUCUGCCUGUGUUCUUGGCUCUCGCCUGCUGUGUGGCUGCAGCGAACACAUAUGAAGGCUCCCCAGCUCAAGCGAGUAGCCUGCACUCAGUGCUGCAUAGAGUCAUCGGCGGUCCGGGCGGAGACACCACGAUCACUGUGACGGGGAACGUACAGUUUAAAGAGACGAUUACCGUGCAUAAGAAGGAUACAGAUGAAACAGACCACGAGGACGGUGAAACUGAGAGCUACUUUUUCGAGAGAUGCUGUAAUAUUACUUUUGGCCAAUCAUUCAGGUAUCUUUGGAGAGAAUGUGUAGAUGAAACAAAGAAUGGCCUUUCAGAAACAGUUGCUAAUGACGAAAAACCAAGAUCACUACUGACUGAAUUUAAUUGUAUUAUUCAAUGCGUGAGCCAGAAACUGGGAUUGAGCGAGAAAAAUGGCAGAAUUAAGUCUGAACAAAUGGUCAAUUACGUCUUAUCAGAUAGCAGAACAGUUGCUUUUGGCAUAUCUGAAAGCAUGAUCAACAGAUGUAUCAAUAUUGCGAAGAACAAAGGAUUAGAAAUAAUGAAACCAAAUAAGGGAGGCGAAGUGUGUAAUACCUCGAACCUUGAAGUCUUCAAGUUUGUGGAAUGUAUGACAGAACUUGGAAAUAUUUACUGUCCUGCAAAUUACGUAAUCGAAAGCAAAUCCUGUGACAUAAACAGACGGAUGAUGAAGAAGAAACUGCACGGUGCUUAUUAAAAUUUGCAUUAUUUUAGGGACGCAAAUAUAUUCUGUAGAACUGUAAAUUAAAGUCUCUUAAACACAAUAUUUUCUCUGAUAAGUUACAAUUCUAUUGAGACAGAAAACUGUUUUCGUGUUCCACUUUAGUACGUGCAAAUGCACUGGAUGUCUAAGCAAAUAAAUAAUUAUGAGUUGGUGUUCUUUAAA